UGAGAGACAUUCUUCUGAGUGAAAAACAUUAAUGACGAGAAUGAUACUAUCAGUGUUAUUGACUACAUCAAAUACGGGAAGUCAUGAUUUUCAUAAUAUUAUCUUAGAUGCAUCUCCUUUUUUGAAAUCGGAUUGUAUAGUGUCAGCUUUAUAAUGGAGGCUUGCAUGUCAAUUAAUAGAAAAGAUAAUGGUAUAUUAUGGGGACAUAAAUUUUUGUUGUGUGGAAGCAUGGUAUCAAUCAAAAAUCAGCAGAGGGUCCUCCUGGGACAUGGAAAAUCCUCUGCAUAGGUAAGGUAAUUAAUUAGUCUUAGCACCUGAGAAUAAUGGACAGAGAGAAUGUGGCAGUGAAUCACUUAGAUUUAAGAGGCUGAUUCAUUUUAGAAAUUAAAGAAUAAAUCAUGAGAUUACUGCAGUCUGGGUGAUACAUCCAGUGGUGAUUUGUAAUUUUGAUCAAACAUAGUCUGUCUGAUGUUGGUUCUGGAGGUCAUAGAAAUGUAAAGCAGGGGGGAAAACAUUUAAUCAACCCAGAUCUGAAAAAUAUUAAGCCUCUGAUUGAUCUUGAUCAAUUUUUCAAUGUAUUGGGGAUUCUUUUUAUUCUUUUGUCAGUAUUCAAUAAAAUGCCAAUUACAAAGAACAUUUGACAUUUUCUUUUCACAAGGGAAAAAUUAUAUGAGUGGAAAUCAAUGCAGUAAAAUGAUUUCAUCACUAAAAGUAAGGAAGAGCAUUGCGUCAUGUUGAAGGCAGUGUUGUUAUGUAACUUAAUCAUUCAUUUGAUUGGUGGUAGUACAAUGUCUUUGAUUUUCCACUGUUGUUCCAACUUUUAUGGCCUGCUAAAAGCUCUCCAUAAUUAAUCCUAUUUCCAGAGCUCCUAAUUCUUUGAAAGGUGAUAUUAGGAUUGGUGAUUUACUCUGUAACAAUAGUCAUGAUUUUGUUUUCUUUUCUUGUUUUGGAACAGUCUAUUAAUCACACUUUUACUGUUUGGAAACUGAGAUACUCAUAUUUCUUCUGAUAACAAGUUUCUGUAAUGCAUAUUUGAUGGGGGAACUCUCGACUGGUAUAUGUUCAAUUUAUCAUUGUUUUUCUCGAAUUCAGGUUGAAUUAUUGAGUGGGAAUCCGUUUCUUCUGAUGGAAGGUUCAGGUGAAAUGCCAUUGGUAUGGGUCGAAUUAUCACUUGGGUCCGUGAUGUUGUAAUGGCAGAAAUUUUAUUCUCUUGUUAUAAUGUGUCAGUUGUGUAUUCCUGUGUAUUUGAAAUUUUAAUGACUCUGAAAAAAGGCAUCCAAUAAAAUCAAAAAAUGAAUUUAAAAUGAAUUCACUCCUCUGGAGAAUUUUAGCCAAAGGAGAUGUGGUAAGCCUCCCUGAUGAAUUUUACACAGAAUUAGUAACUUUGCAUUCAACUCUUUGGAGGCUGAUGAAAUUGAAGGAUAACGAUUUCUUUUUUAGCAGAAGAGCAACUAAAUUGUUUGAAAAGAUGAAUCAUUGUUGAAAGCAAUAUAAGAAAUGAUGGAGCAGCAUUUCAAUUCAAUCGAGGAUUGGCGUUUGUCGCAUCAGCUGUUGUCUCCAGCAAAAAUUACAAAUCUGGCGACACGUUGCUAUCAAUAUUCCAAACAGGUAUUCAUGCUUAGGGCAGCUAAAUGCAGGGAAAAUAUCCACUCUCAUUUGAUGUUACUUUCAUAUCCUGCAUCAAAAAGCUACAUGUGAAAAGUUUAUCCACUCAUAUAUUGAUACCAAGGGAAAAGUCGGCCAAUAUCGCCUACAGUCGUCCCCACGGAAAUGUCGAGGUAUUGAUCAAUGAUAUUAUCGAGGAAAAAUCUGUAGAGAAACAAAUUUUUGGAUCAUGAAUGAGAAGGGAAAAUCUUCCCAUAAACGUCUGCAGUAUUGUAGAUCUGUGCACUGAUUUGAUUUGAAAUCUAUAAACCUCUAUGCAAAUUGAUGAAAAUGCUAAUUAAAGUUUAGAAAUCACAGAUUAUUAGAUAAUUAUUGUAAAGAUAAAUUUCCAUGUGAAGAAAAAUGACCAUGGUUCACAUUCAGAUUCGAAAAUAAUACUUCCUUCCCAAUUUGCAUAAUCUGAAAGAGAAAUUCAAUUUGAUACACUUUUCAACCAGGGGCACAAUAUUUCAUAAUUAAUGAAUUUAAAGGCAUUUAUGAAUUCUAAGUGUGAAUUUAGCAGAGAAUUGAAUUUGAGUAUCCGUAAAACCCACUGCACCUUUAUGACCCAUAAUUACAAAUUUUUUAUUUAUUUUUUUUCACCUUAUUUAAUUAUCAAUAUUCAGAUUUCAUGUGAAUAUAUGCAUACAGGAUCAUUGUUGGGUUCAGGGGAUUAGUGUCCUUGUGUCCCGACAAGCUGUCAUAAGCGUAUGCAAUAUCAUGUACCAUUGUUAUAAUAGCUGAAAAUAAAAUAAAGGUCUUUAGUUAUUUAUAUGAAGCACUCUGGAUAAUAUUUUGUUUCAUCAGCUGGUGUGAAUAGAUUGAGUAUUGAGUGGCAGUGUGUUUUGUAAGGAAUACCCAAUGAAGUUUUCACAACUACAUAUGAUUGAUUACAGAACAGAUUAUUGGAACUUAUGAGAAAUCAGUACACAUUAUUACAUAUUUAUCAAUAAUUCAUAGAUUAUAUCGCUGCCUGUAGUUCACCAGCAUUUUGAGGAAUAGAUAUGGACUUGUACAGACUUAAGACUGUUUCUGAGGAAGUUCUUUUUUAUUGUACCAAUUUUAAGUUGGUUGGAAUUAAGAUGAUUCCUUCUUGAAUGCAUGUAGGAUUCAUGCUCUUUGUUAUGAUUGUAUUGCUUAUUCCAAAUUCCAACUCUCUUUCUCUUUCUUUCAAAUUUUUUUUUUUUAUUUUUUAGUUUUCUCCCUCAAUCUCCAUUACCACUCUGUCAUCUGCUCUAUGUGAUUUCCUCACCCAUCGUUACUUUAACAUGAGUAAUCUCCCUUGUUCUUGAGAAAAUUACAUCUUAUUUUACUGCAUAAUUUUCACAAAGCAUACCACUCAAUGCAGAUUAAAUAUUUUCUGUAAUUCUACCCAUGCCACAUCUACACCCCCCCCCCCCCCCCCCCCCCCCACUUUUGCCUACCUCUGAUCCCUCUUUAACCUACUCUAUCACAGUACAGGUGAUUUCCUUCUUUUCCCCAUUAUUAUUUGCUUUGUGUUAUAUCCAGUCUCCUGGACCCUGUCAAGCUGCCUCUGUUUUAAAAUGUUGAUUACUUCAGUGGAGAGAUAUUGAUUGAGCUGGCUUGUCAGGUUAAUCUUCGCUGCAUCUUAAGCAUGUGACCUGUUGAUUGUCUAAGAUGCCAUUAAUUGUGAUUUUGAAGUGAGUGGAAUUGCAUGUAACAGGGAUGGUCAGGUGAAACACAGGUAAGUUGCUUUCACAGGUGAAGCAAGUUUUUUAAGUUAUGGGGGAAAUUUGGUGGUUAAGUGUUGCAUAUCAUCUUUAAUGUGUUCUAAAGAUCCUUUGUGGGAUCUUCCUUGUGAGACAGUUAUUUAUUUUGGUGUGGACACUUUGAAGAGUUGCUAUAAAUGGAAAAUGUCUGAAAAAUUUGAACCCUUGUACAUAUAAGAGAGAAUGAUUUAUUUUUUAAUGGACCAACACACUGCCAGAUGGAAAUUUCACGACCUCUUUACAUGGGAGAAGUUUGACACAGGAUACCCUAUAAGUUUAACUGACAGUCAAGUUAACAGACAGUUUAAAUGCCCCGUUAAUUCUAUAUAAAUGUUAGAGUUAACCGACUGUUAAUGUUCAGUUAAUUCUAUAUAAAUGUCAGAGUUAACUGACUGGUAAUGUGCAGUUAAUUCUAUAUAAAUUUCAGUUACGUACAGGCAAGUUAACUGAAAGUUAAUUAAUCUUUUUGGGCCGAAAGCUUUAAUUUCUUGAACAGACAUCUCUUUUUUCUUGGAUGAUUUCAUAGUAAAUAUUUUAUAAAUUUGUACAGUUAGGAAGGAGUGAUAAGGUUGUCAAUUUUCAUGGGAACCUCUAGCACACAAAUUUCAAACCACGAUGAAAUAUACAAUUUAUAUGAUAUUUACAGAAACCAUACACACAAAAUCAUAUUCAAAAUGCUCGCAGGUGUAAUUUGUGUGCAAUUUUUCUGUUUGAAUAUUACUUCAUCUUUUGUAUGCUUGUAAUAAUUCAUAGACAUCUAAUUUUAGGAAUAUUUGAAGAAGAAAAGUUAUACAUUUCACAGAUUAUAAAAAUAAAGAUCUUUUUUGAAGAGACUAGAAGUGUUUCUCUACCCUGAAAGGGCUUAGCUUAGUGCCAGCAGACUUUUGUUUUUUCUUGACUGGAGUUCACAGUGAGGCCAAGUGUUUCAGGAAGAGGCUAUCUCUGAUAAGGACAGAGGGUCAUUCUCGGAAAUGAUUAAACAAGUUCUUUUGAUAAGGCCUUCUGUCAUUUGAAUGUCCUAUUACAGAACAAUAUAUACGUACAACUCUUAAUAUUGGUAAUUGUCUCCUGUAAUAUCGCUUCAGUGGAUGUGCUAUUUUGGUAAAUAAUUUAUAGAAAUUAGAGAUUAAAAAAAUGAGUUAAAAUGGCUGGUUAUUUACUAUGCAUUUUCUUGGCAUUUAUUUGACAGUCGACUUGUUUGUGGUUUAAAAUUUGAAGAAAAGGGUGUUUCUUUUAACACCAUAUAAAAGUACAUCGUACUUUUAUUAAGUGAUAUGCCAUCAUGUCCAUUUGAAUCAUCAAAAUAUUCCAUUAUAGAUAAAAAUGCUACCAUAAAAAGCAUUGGAUUUAAUUUAGAUUACGUACAGUGUACAUGUUUUAUAAUUCUCAAAUUAUUGCGUAAGAAAGGGUUUGUAAACAAACAUUACAUAAACUUGAUAAGCAUCAUUUUUCCUGUGUAAAUAACAGGUACAUGUAUGCUCAUGAUAAAUAGCAGAAAGAAUAGACCGGCAAAACUCUGCAUAAAUACUGCAGAAAUAUGACUAAAUCUAGUCUAAAUAGAGUUAAUUCAUGAUGUGUUAAUAUUAAAUUAUCAUUGAUGGACAUCUUUCCCUAGAGUUUUUACUUUAUUAAUGAUGCUGGAAAGUUUUUGGACACAAGAGCAUUUUCACUUAAUUAUUCUCGGAUUAUAAGGGGAGAUAAUUAUAUUAUAUGCUAGACCACACCUUUUUUCUGAUUUUGAUGUUUAAUGGGAAAAUAAGUGGUCUUCUGAACGGGCUUAAUAUUUCAACUUUUUAAGUCUUAAACUUCUAAGUUUCCAAAAUUUAAUAUAGUGAAGCUCUUUUUGGAUAAUAAAUGAAUAAAUUUUCUUUAGAAUUAGAAGGUGCAUUAACAAACAAUAUAUCAUGUAUCCUGGUCUUGUCUCAACUUCCUGGUGUUUUUUGUAAGGAAAAUAGGUUAAUGUUAUUUUCGGGUACAAUGUGUCACAAUAAACAGGGAAAUUCACCUUGAAAGAAUAGGAACAAAUAUUGUGGAGAGGAAGUCUCAUUGGCUCAGGUAGAUUUCAUAGAAAAAUUGCAUGUUUAUUUUAAGACAAAUUGAACUCGAAAAAACUGAGGUAAGCUUGCAGCUAGGUUAUAUCUCAAUUUAACAAUUGUAAGUAAACGUAAUACUUAAGAUAUGUUUAAUGUCUGAAGCAAUUUUGAGUUAUCCAAAUGUGUUCUCUUUUUUAAUAAGGAGGGGGGCAUAUUUGAUUUUUUUGCUCCUUUUAUUUCAAUAGGUAUAGUGUAGUCACUGUGCAGUGCUUGCUUUUGUGUGAAUUGUGUUCUUUUCAAUCUUUUGCACCCCUCUUGGUCACUUCCAGUGAAUACUUCUAAUCACUGUCCACAAUUUUUGUAUUUCAACUGUACAACUAGCAAAGGUUACCUGAUAAAACAGCAGCUUUAUCUGGACAGGUGAGAGACUGUGGACAGGUAAAGGUGCCUCACAGGUAGAUGGGGGUGUACCGAUAAUCUGGGGAUCGGCUGUGAUAACCAGACAGGUCUUGUUUGCUUACCUUUUUAUUGUGUUUAAAUAGUGAGUCAGGGAAGCAGUACUAGAACGGUGUGCAGUUCAGUUGGAAGUCUCAUCAAUAUCUUACAGAGAGCAGCCAUGACAGUCUGUCUGUGUGUCUUCACAGGAAGUUUGAAAAAACAAUUAAAGAGGUGUGGUGUUAUGUAAUGACUUUGUUGGUUGGUUGACUCUGAAAGAUGCAGGUGCUGAGUGAAGCUGUUUAUGUAAGGUAACGAGAUAGUGUUGUACCUUUUUAAUUUUCAUCUAUUGAAAAUUUAUCACUGGUAGCCUUUCAAACUUGUAAAUCAAUAUGUCUUUUCAUGAAAUGGCUUUUUACAAGAUAUCAAAUCUCAAUAUAUCUUCCCAGUACAAAAGUGCACCUUUAAUGUGGGUUCGGAUGAAUGCACAACAUUGCUUGAUGACUGUCAGAGCACAUAAAGGACAAUUGGACCGGCCCAGUGAAGGCUUCUUGUCAGGAAUUUAAUAAGUAGUCACCCAUUGGCAGACCCGGGUAUAUUAAUGAGAUGGUACCUUUUAAGGGGUGUGUAACAUUCUCUCUGCAGGCUUUUCAAUUCCAAGGUGUUUUUAUCAUGGCUUUUGUGCUGGCCUUGAAAUUUAUCAUGCAUGUGUACAAUGAGAAAUUUUGGGUCACCAUGGCAUGUUGAGUUCCUAUCAGUGACGGUUUGAACUGUUUGAUCGAGGAUUAUACACCCAAUAUUGCACCAUAGCAAUGCGAUUUCGAGACGGACCCAUUCACUAAAAACUAAACAAACUGGGAAAUUUGGCGGGAAGUUUUAAGCCCAAGGACUAUUGCAAUGCAUUUGUGAAAGCUUUCUUGUAAAAAGGGCAUUUAAUUCUGAAAAUGCAGAUGUUAGAAAUUUAAAUUUGAUGAUUCAACGCCGGAUUUAACUUUUGAUAUUGAUAGCAACUUGUACAGGUAAAUUUCUUAGGUGUUAAGGCUUGAUAUUACCUCAUUUGCAUGUUAUAGAAAUCUUGCUGAAUUUUGAGUGGAGUGUCUGUACAGUAGGACGCGCAGUCGGGUUUUUUUUUUUGUCAAAACAAGCGAUAAGCAAGCACGCUGAGAAGUGAACGAAACUACAAGUUGUGUUGUCUGGAAGUGUCUAAGAAGUCAUGAAGCUUGUUUGGAUGAUCUUUAAUCCCAUUGGAAACUCUUUUGUCUGAGGUGAUGAUCAAGUUAAUUAGCUCUAUUUGUAUGUUAAUUAUGGACUGAUCAAAUGAUAAUUUUGUGUACAUGUCUCUUGAUUCAGUUGCGUGUCACAGUGUGUAACCAUGUUGUCUGUUCUGUUUCAAACCUAAUUUGCUCUUAAAUGACCCCAGUCUGACUCACGUGCAGAACAUGGCUUUGAAUGAGACUCUGGACAGACUUUCAGGAUUUCUACAGACGUAAUGACCACAAAGCUGAAGUUUUUUCCCUUCCAUUAUGCGAUUGUAGAUGAGGUACGGGAAUGUUAGUUUGUACUGUCAAUACCUGUGAUUUUUCACCCCAUCACAUACCGUGCUUCAGUACCUGUACAUAUUGCCGCCAGGUUAUUGACUACAGGAAAGUGAAAGGGGGUAAAUGUCUAUUCCUAUCUUCUGAAACUGUCAUCUCAGUUAUCCUAGCCCCUCAGGAAUCCAGGUACAGUUUCCAUCCUCGUCUUAUCUGAUUUUGUUGAUGAUUCUAAGAUGUGACAUGGAUGGGGCUGAUGUUGUAGAGAAAUGCAGCUUCUACUCCAAGUGAGAUCUUUUGGAAACCAUCACUCUUCCUCGAGUAUAAUCUGAGGAAAGGACAAGAGAAAGAUUCUGUUGAGGAUAUUGUGUUGCGUCUUUGGAGCUGAUUGUGUGUGUUCGUGGAGAAUUCUUUUCAAUAUUAUACAUUGAAGCUUGGAAGAAAUACAACACUGAGAAGCCCUCUAUCACACAGCUCAACGUCGUUCUCCAAUAGUGCACAUCAUUUUGGAUGGUUUUUACAUAUAUUGUUAUUGAUUAUUAGUGGUUUAUUUUAGUUUUUCUUUGUUGAUUUCAACCGAGAUUUUAGAAUCCACAUAGACGACACAUUCUAUCAUCUCUCACUUUUUACUGAAGUUACAUUUUUAUUUCUGUACUGGAUUUUUGUGUCUGAUAAGAAACCCGCCAGUCUUUCAUUGGUGUGACUCCUUGUAAUGGCCAUGGUAAACAGUCUGCUUGCAAUUGGAAGUAACGUAAAGGACUCGCGAUGGCUUACUCUCGAAGUCUGUCGGGAGUACCAACGCAAUAAAUGCACACGGACGGAUACAGAGUGUAAAUUUGCACAUCCCCCGGCCCAUGUGGAAGUUCAGAAUGGCCGCGUGACUGCCUGCUUCGACUCAAUCAAGGGAAAGUGUCAGAGGAAAGACCCGCCGUGUAAAUAUCUCCAUCCACCACAACACUUACGAGAACAGCUUCUACAAAAUGGCCGUAAUAAUCUAAUUCUAAAAAAUUUACAAAUGCAAGCUGCUGCAGCACAGACUUUAAUGCCAUCAGCGGGAAUGGUACCGGGGAUGAUGCCGACCAUUGCCUCACCAACCAGUAAGGGAUCUAUGGCUACAUUGCCCACCCUCUACCCUACAGGGCAACUGCCUACCAUCAUGAUUCCCGACAGAGCUUAUGGAUGGUCAGGGGGGGUCCUCACAAAUGGACACCCAUAUCUUGCCGGUUCUGUUCCCACCCCCACAUCUAUUUCCUACAACCCCUACGUAGGGAUGCAGACCGUUUCUGUGACUCCACCAUCCGUUAGUGAGUCUGCCUCCCAGCCAAUCUCCGGUGUCAUCCAGGCUGCGACUUCGAUAGCCCAGAAUAAACUAACCCGGCCAGACAGACUAGAGGUAUGUCGAGAGUUUCAGAGAGGGUCUUGCACGCGACAGCCCAGCGAAUGUCGCUAUGCACACCCCCCAGAUAAUGUAACAGUCGAGACGUGCGAGAACCAGGUGACCGUUUGUAUGGACUUUAUUAAGGGGAAGUGUACACGAGAUUCGUGUAAAUAUUUCCACCCGCCCCCACAUUUACAGGCCCAGAUCAAAGCAGCACAACAAAGAGCUAACUCCUCUGCAGCACAUGCUCUGCCGCAAGUGGUAGAGGUCAUUACGAGCAAGAAGCGACCUCGAGAAAUCGCUGAUGAUCUAGUACUGCAAAGCCCAGUGUCUCAAGUGAUUCCUUAUAAGCGUGUUGCUAUGGCAGAUGGCAAAACUGGACUACCAAUGUACCAGCCUGGUGUUAAUCCACUUAUGUUCCAACAACACAUGGCUAUGCCUUUCCAGCAAGGGGGAUUUUUCCCAGGCACUGUAGCAUUCAAAAGUGCUCCACAAACCACAGUUUAUCCUGGCGGUUCGCCAUCUCCAGCUCUGUCUCUUCAACAGCAAUAUGUUCCCGUGUCAAUGCCAUUGGUUCUCCCCCCUGCCGUGCCUGAAGCAGUGGUGACGGCCCCUGCUGCCGCCAGUUUGAUUCCUACUAACGCUCAUAACGUCAAUUAUUUUGACUCCAAUCAGCAGGUAACGUGCGCCAGGCUUUGUGUGUGUAGUCAUGGCAACCAUUUUACAGUAGUUCAAAAAGCCAAGCAUGUUUAUGGCAGCUUUGACAUGAUUUGUCAGAGAAGAAGCCCAAAAAAAAAAUGGAAAUAGAACUUCUCUGUCAUAGCCAGUCUUGACUUUUUGAAUGCUGGAUUUAAUUGGGGGAACAAAAAUAUUGGCCAUGACUGACACAAGGAGAUCACUGCAGUUUUAUCUAUCCCAUGAUUCCUGUCACCAUAGAUAUUGCAGCAUAGUGUCUCAGUUCAAAAGAUAAAAGCUAGAAAGCCAUAACCAUAUUUUUCAUUUUCAGCUGAAAAUCCAAGAAAGAAAUGGCAUUUGUUACUAGAGAGCUAGGCAAAACAGUUUCUGUCAUUGUUGUCUUAUUCUGCAAGCUUUUUUUUUCAUGAUGCUAAGUGACAUUUUACAGACGCUAGGAAUUCCAACCGACAGCUUGCUGAUUAGUUUUCUUGCAAUUCUUUGAAAUUCUUUCAAAAUAAACGCUAUCAACCUUCCUGAUGUGUGACUGAUGUUAGAUGGGUUUGAUAUUUGAAGAAAAGUGCAGGUGGGCAUUAAAGACAUUGAAAUUUUUCAGUGAUGAGCCCAGACAAUUUGAUCACUUCACAAAUUCUUGAAAUCUUGUUUGUAUAUCAUGUUCAGAAGGAAAAAAAUAGAAGACAUUGAGCUAGGGUAUGAUAUCUAGUGAAAUAAAAUUGUCUGGUUGAAAGGGAACUUGUAUACUCUAUAGAGGAGUUACGAUAGCUGUGAUAAUUUCUUUGUUUCUGAUUCAUAAAAGCAUAACAGUAGGUUCAGACUUACACCUAUUACACUUGCACUGAAAUUAUCAACCAUGACACAUAAAUAACUAUGGCAUGUAUAACUUGUAACAAGCAUCUUGGUGCAUGAUGUGAUUUGAGAAACUGACCUGAAAUAUGUAUAUGUUGUGUGACAAUUAUUGUACAUGCCAGAAUAGACUUUUGGUUUUUUGUUGUCAUGGUGAUGGGAAUCUUGGGAAUUACGAAAUAUAAUUUUACUAACUGCAUCGUGUAUUUGUAAAAUUAAACCAAUAAUAUCUUAAUAUCUCCCAUGCAUGCUUUUUAAGUUUUCACAGUACAAUCUUAACGUUGCAUCAGCAUUAUUUUUGGUUGCAUUCUCUGCUAAAUCAAAGAUGAGUAGAAAGAAGGAAAUCCUUUAAUGUUUACUGAUAUUAUUUUGCUUCAGUAGCUAUGACUAAAAUUCCUUUAUAUUUACUGAUUUCUGCUAAUUUAGAUAUUGAGAUUCCUUUUAUAUCCAUGAGCUAGAACAUUAGUAGAGAGUUCACACUCCCUACUAAGUUCAGCCUCUCCUUCCCCUCCCUGUGACAGUGGAUGGGGAGGAGUGUGGUGUUAUGGAGAUUUCACUACCU